AUGGCCACCCAAACAGAUUCGCAAGCGAUAUUCUUCACCUUCAGUGUCGACAUGCAAGGGCUCGCUUUCUCUAUUGCUGCUGAGUCAGUAGUGUAUGGUCUUUACGCGGUCCUUUUCAUCUUGUCGUCGUGGUUCCUUCUCCGACGCAAACUUCGGGCUAGGGCCGACAUCUUCAUGUUCACGAUCAAUACCCUCAUGUUCCUUUGCGCAACCGCUCACUGGGGGCUCGCACUUGCCUAUGUGGCCAAUAUUGGCAAGUGGUACAUCGAGGCCAUUCAGGAGCCAGUCCCCUUUUCUACCAUACCAAACUCUUCCCCAACGGACCGAAUUGUGAACGCUAUAAACAGCGCUUCGCAGCACGUAUCGUUCGCAAACUAUGUGCUCAAUGAUAUUGUCGUCAUAUGGAGGGCGUGGCUUGUCUCCGGUAGGAGGGCCAGGAGAUGGAUCAUUGGUGUCGGAGUGUGCGCAAUAGUCGUCGAAGUCCCCCUCUUUCUUGUCGCAAUGCAACUCCCUGAUGCACCGUCUGUCGCAACUUCCAAGAAAGUACGGGUGUCCUUGAUGGAUCUCUUGACACCAAUGUCCUACUUCAUCACUCUACUCACGAAUAUUUGGGCAACCGCUAUUGUCGCGCGAAAGGCGUGGAUCCUUCGCCGGCAGCUGAAGCGGGCCUCGCUGCCUUUUGGGCGUGCAUCCCCAGUAGGAAAAAUUCUUAUUCUACUUCUGGAGUCUGGCGGUCUGUACUGUAUGGUCUGGGCUUUAUAUUUGGCAAUGUUUUCUGCGGAUUUAGUGGAAACAGCUCCCUUCAUCUAUCCCUCCGCGUUGUCGAUCAUUUUCUUCUAUAUUCUAGGUAUUUGUAUGGUGUACUACGCGGGAAUGUACCUUUCCAUGGUCAUCGUCCUGGUCUGUCUUCAGCGGACCUUCGGGGAGCAUAUCGUAAUAUAUUCGAGGCCCAGCGACAUCCCUACACCUCGGGGCCUAACUUUCCCUACCGACGAUCGUCCUGCCUCCAAUCACAUUCGAAGCCGCAUCGAAUUUCAGCAACCGCAUUCCAUCGUCCGGAUCUCUACCAACUUCUCUACGCCCGAUCUAGAGUCAAAUACGUGGCCAGCGCGGACGUCUAUGACGUCGUCCCGUCAUGGGGUAUCGAUGGAUGGUGGUGCUGUCCAGUCACAGCUUGGGCCGGUGGUCGAACGGAAUUCAUAUAGGGACUCGUCGUCAGAAUGCCAUAGUGCUGAUGUCGUAGAAAAAAAGGAAGAACGCGGGUUCGCUGUUUAAUAUCUUCUUCCCCUUCUUUCCAAGCGUGUUAGCUAGGCUUUCGCUUGACGGUCGAACAUGGCUCACAACGACUGUGACUGCCCGCCAUCUACAUUUCUGUCAUACUCCUUCCUUCAUCUGAUAGGCUGGCUACAGUGCCGCGACUUGACUGCAGGUAGAUCACCUCUACAUAGCACAUGAGUACAACAGGUUGUUUCGAUAUCCCGUAUGAGGUUACGGUGACUUUUUUCCUCGAUACCAGAUCGC